AUGGACGACCCGUUGAGUGCUGUCGACACCUCUGUUGCCGAACAUAUAUUUGAUAAAUGUAUAGUGGAGUACUUGUCGGACAAAAUCCGAAUUCUAGUCACACAUCAAAUCCAAUUCAUACGAAAAGCCACACAAAUACUGGUCUUAAGCUCAGAGGGCCGGUGCCUGGGGUUGGGCUCAUACGACGAGCUCCAGUCCCAGGGAAUCGAUUUCAUGGCUAUACUGAAAGAUGUAGAACGGGAGGCCGAACACGACAAACAGACCCCAACCCCUAAUGAGGCACUCCUGACGGAGUCGAUCAACGACAGGGUCCGGAGGCACUCCCGGAGCACAUCUGUGGCUCAGACCGAGAACUUCGAAGUCUCCGACAUUAUGGGCGAUGAGAAGGACUACUCGCAUGAGCCCAGGAUUCAGGAGGAGAACCGGGAGGUGGGCUCUAUCGGGGGCACGUCUACUAUGAAUACUUUAAAGCCGGUGCCGGACCCAUACUGUUCACGAUUACCCUGUUCUCGACAUUGA